AUGAUCAUCAAAGGUUUCUCAUUUAGCGAUGUUGAUGGAAAAUUAAUUGUGUCGACAUGGUUGGCAAUGAGUUGGAUGGACGAGCAUUUGAAAUGGGAUCAAAAUGCCUUUGGAAAUUUAUCAUCGAUCACUCAAUCCAGUCAAACAAUUUGGUAUCCAGAUUUGGCUUUGUAUAAUAGUGAUGUAGCUUCGGCAACUGAUGAAUCGUGCAAGGAUGCAAAUUGUGUGAUUUCAUCGACUGGUUCUGUUUCAUGCAUUCCUCCAUGUUCCCAUACCGCAAAAUGUUCACCAAAUUAUAAUCGUUGGCCAUUCGAUGUACAAAAUUGUACGCUACACAUUGGCACCUGGGUGAAUUCGGGUGAAGAAAUCGAUUAUAGAGUAUUGAAAACAAUUUUAACCGAAGACCAACUCUCCUCGCAAGAUAUGCAAUGGAAAUUGAUUCGUGCGACAUACAAACGAAAUCCAGGCAAUUUCACCGAUAGUAAACAAACAUAUCCGUCGCUAACAUUUUCGUUUUUAAUGGAACGUCAUUCAGCCAGUCAUUCGGUUAUCAUUUUCGUUCCGGCUCUCACAUUUGUUCUGUUGAAUUUGAUAUCAUUAUGGGUGGAUUCUCAGAGUAAUCGUCGAAUCAUUUUGCUGGCAUUGAGUUUAUUGGGACAUUUACUUUACAUGCAACAUUUAUUCUGGGCCUUACCCGCAAAUGGCGAUACAGUACCCGAUUUAUCACUGUCCGGCGAGUCACAUAUUACCAAAGCACUGUCCGACGAGUCACAUAUUACCGGGGAUUUAGCUCAGUGGUAUGAACAUACCAAUAAUACGACAUCGGUGAUGAAUAUAUCGGCGACCUUAAAACGUUAUAGCUUUAAGUUAACAUUCAGCAACGGGGGUAUAGCUCAGUGGGUAGAGUGUCCGCUUCGCAUGCGGAAAGUCAAGGUGAUCUAUUUCCGUGAUUCGUUGUUGCUAACAGUUGCAUUGAUAAUAAAUACAAUUAUCGUGCAGGGAAUGAUGUCGUGUAAUAUGCAAAUACCUGAGUGGGUUGACAAGACUACAACAUAUGUGGCAAGCAAUCGUGCUGGUCAACUGUUCUUGUCCAAACAUCUUGUUACAGCGAAAUUUGGUAUGCCGCUGGAUACGAGUGACGAUGAUGUUAACUUGGUUGAGUCGCAAGCCAAUGAGAAGGACACCAAAAAAAUGGAGAAGCAAUUGUGGCAGAAAUUUGGAAACAUUAUUGAUCGUGGACUAUUUGUUGCUUUAUGCAUUGUUUAUUUCAUUAUGAUGCUUGGUCUAUUGCCAGAGAACUUUUUGGAUGAGAAAAAUCCAAGCUCAGUCGAAAUCAUCGGCUAUUAAACCGCAAAUUGAUCCAAAUUAACCCUCCUGCACACAGUACAUAUUAAGAACAGAUCAAUACGGUAUGGGUCACUCAGGCCCUCCAUACAAAUUGUUUUUAUUCGAUGAAAAUAAAAAGCGAGUUGAAUAAAUUGAAAUACAAAUAAAAAUUAUUGAAACAAA